GCCACGGGAAAGAAUCAAAUUCGGAUCAUGGUUGACUCUACACGAAAAAUUUUCAAGAACGAUGUCCUCGAACCCGGCCUCACGCACACAGACGGGGGUUUGCAUGGAGAGGAUCUGCCACAAGGUUUUGUCUUGGCCAAGACUGUUUGGAACUUCCUUUUCCAACAACCAACACGUGCAGGCGAAGCACGGCAGACUUUGAACCUGGUCUGGAACUGGGAGAUGAGACCUUCUGAUCCUAACGUGGCCCCCAAAGCAUACUUUUUCCUUGCAGAGGAGUUAGAUGAGACAGUGAUUGCGGCAUUGACCGCUUUGUUCGAAGAGCUGGGCUGGACAGAGCACAUCGAGACACAGACGAAAGUUGACAAGAUAUCGUAUCCUGAACACAAUUUUGCUACUAGCUGCGGUCUAUAUUAUUGGAUUGCGGCCGCAUUCUCCCAAAAGUCUGGGCCUUAUGGAACAGUAUACAGCAAUCCUGCAGCUAUUUUGUAG